AGCUCAUUGUUCCAUUUUCCUGGAGUGGCCUCUUCUCCUGCCUGCUAUCAAUCUGCGGAGGAAUUAUUUGGAGAGGUGACGUUACGUUAACCUUCCAACAGAGGCGGUGAUACUUUCUGCUGAUAAACCACCUGUUUUCAGGCCACUGCAGCCCUUCACAACUAUAAACACCACCAUGUGGCUCUUGAACGCAUCAUGAAGGGUCCCGCCUCCUCUGAUUGGUCGGUCGAGGCCAGCUGGCUGUGACGCGACAGCAGCAGCAGCAGCAGCAGCAGGUGUGGACGCUCGGCGCUGUUUGUUUCUUUAGCUUGCUGUGAUUGCUGCAGCCCGCGGUCUCAUGCCACUGCGUUUGGCCAAACCGAAGCGGGUCGUCGUCCAGGUGUGGGUCUGCUGAGCCCGGUCUGCGUGGCUCCCUGUCGACAUGUCGGCCGAACAUGACGGAACCUUCAGUCAGCUCAACAAGUUUGAGAAACUGUCCUGGAGGCCCUUCAUCCGCGACUCAGGCUCCAAGAAGCGGGCACGGUGGCUCCAGGCUCGACGCAUCUUCUCCCCUUCCUGCCCCAACCUGCGGAUCCCCAACAGGUUCCUGAGAGAAGGACACUGUGUGCCGCCCGCCCGCAGUGGACACCGCUGCGUUGCAGACAGCGCCAACCUGUACGUGUUUGGAGGCUACAACCCAGAUUUUGAGGAGGCAGGCGGGUCUGACAAUGAAGACUACCCUCUUUUCAGGGAGCUCUGGCGGUUUCAUUUUGCCACAGCCACCUGGCAGCAGGUCCGCACAGAGGGUUACAUGCCCACAGAGCUGGCCUCCAUGUCAGCUGUUUUACACGGCAACAACCUGCUUGUGUUUGGCGGCACUGGGAUUCCAUUUGGUGAAAACAACGGCAAUGACGUCCACGUUUGUAACGUUCAGUACAAACGGUGGAACCUGCUCAACUGCAGAGGGAAGAAACCCAACAAGAUCUACGGACAGGCAAUGAUCAUCAUAAACGGCUACCUCUAUGUGUUUGGAGGAACAACUGGCUACCUUUACAGUACUGACCUGCACCGGCUGGACCUGACCACCAGAGAGUGGACACACCUCAAACCCAACAACGCACCCUCAGAUCUGCCUGAAGAGAGGUACAGACACGAACUAGCUCAUGACGGACAGAGAAUAUAUAUUUUAGGAGGUGGGACUUCCUGGACGUCGUAUCCUCUUGACAAGAUUCACGCGUAUAACUUGGAGACAAAUUACUGGGAGGAAAUAGUCACCAAGCCUCAUGAAAAAAUAGGAUAUCCUGCCGCCCGCCGGUGUCACAGCUGUGUGCAGGUGAAAGAUGAGGUGUUUAUAUGUGGAGGAUAUAAUGGGGAGAUGAUCCUGUCUGACCUGUGGAAGAUCAACCUACAGACCUUUCACUGGACCAAGCUGCCUGCCGUCAUGCCAGAACCAGCCUACUUUCACUGUGCUGCUGUCACUCCGGCUGGCUGUAUGUACGUCCACGGAGGUGUCGUCAACAUGUCCGGGAACAGGAGGACGGGCUCUCUGUACAAAGUGUGGUUGGUGGUGCCGAGCCUGCUCGAACUGACCUGGGAGAAACUGCUGAAAACUUUCCCUCACGUAGCCCAGCUGUCCACGCUUCAGCUGCUCAGCCUGGGAAUGACACACACACUAAUUCAGAGGCUCAAAUAGAGACUGAAGGAGGCAGUACGUGACGCAACAGCACUGACUCUAAAAUCGCAGAUAACCUGGCAAAAAAAAAAAAAGAAAAAGCAAAGGACAAAGACAAGUUUCUCGUGAUGUCAGAUGGUUAUCAAACAACUUUGAAUGCCUUUUAACUUUAGUCUUAUGUAAACGUGUGCUUUCUUUUUCAAAGGAAAGAAUUCAUGGAUUUCAGUUUGCACGCAUCCACUGAACUCACUGUAGUGUGCUUAUUUCCACCUCCUGUUACUUGCUCUUGUCAUUUUGGUACUUUAUCGCCUUCAGAAACUUGUGCUGCAUGAGCAUGAAUAGUUUGAUGUUGCAGAGACGACUUCUUGAAGGCGAAAUGAGUGUUGCUUCUGCUUAUAGAAAUCAGCUUGUUUCCACAAUCGCUGAAGUGACAAUGAUGCUGAACACAGUCGCCAUCUUUGUCAGCUGCUGCUCCUCCCACUGUGAUGUAGGUGAAAUCAAACAGUGCUGAUGUUCACUUAAAUUUCCAUUUAGUCAGUCAACAUAAGAGGCACGCUGCUGAUGAAGCAUGGACACAUAAUCACUGUGAUACCUCUUCAUUGUCUAAUUAGGUCAAUUAUUUAAGGAAUCAUGUUUUCGCCUCGAGGACUCUGUCACUGCAUGCUGACAUGGAGCUGUGAUUAUAAGCUGAAAAUUAUUCCCCUUGCAUCAGGCCUUGUGGUCAGAUCUUUUGAGAUCUGUGUCACGGCAUCACUGUGAAUCUUCUUGUGCCUCUUCCCUUAUUUUUCCUCUUUUUGGAAAAAUGAGAAGAAGUUGUAGCUCCGCAGUGAUUCUCAAAACUUUUUAUUUUGUCAUUUGGUGCCUUCUGAAUUUCCUAAAUGUCACACGUUGUUUUUAUAUUUCUGUGAACCAGUCUUCUUCUUCUUCUUAAGAUUUUUAUUUGUUCGUUGCUCUCUGAAACGGUGUACAUGUAGCUGUUUUCUGCCCCUGUGAUUUGCCUGGUGUGCUGUUGCUGAACCUUUUCUGCUCGUGAUGAAGCAGGAGAUGCCGCUCGCAGCUAAAGAUUUUUCUCCACGGAAACUUUUUUUAAAAUUUUUACUUAUUUAUUUUAAACACUGUGCUGCUGUUUUAUUCUAUUACAACAUCUAUAUUGUAGCAGAAGGUGUUGCUGCAUUUUUUUUCUCCUUUUCACCUGCUUUGAUUUGAUCUUUUCAGUUCCCACUUUAUGCCUCAAUUCCGCUUUAACCUUUUAUACUGUAACAUAAGCUGUAUUUUUAUUAUAUUAUUUUUUUUAAACCUUUUUGUCUUAUUCUUCUCAAAAGUUUUGCUGUGGUACUCUGAAUAAUAAGUGGCAUGGGACUUUUGUAACUAGUCACAAGGCAGAGUAUGUAAGGCGUACUCAGGACGUUAAAUACUGUGAUCAGACUCUGUUGAGCUCCGCAAACAUUUGCCAAACUGUUAACAGACUGUAAUUUUUGUGAAACUAGAUUCUGGUACGCUGAGAUGACUUUGAUGAAAACAAAUCUUUUGAGGUUGCUGUGGACUAACAAGCAUAGAUACUGUAGUAAAACUCCCAGCUGCUUGUAUUAAUUAACACUUCUUCUUUUUUUUUUUUUACCUGUUUUGUCGACCUCUCUUGAAUUCCUUCGAGUAUCUGCAGCAUUUUAUUUCACAUGUUCACUGUAAACUAAUGCUAAGCUCAAACUCACUGUGUCAUUCAUCAUAUAGUCCUAUUUCAGAUUGAAAACUCCGCCUCAGUUACUUUUAAUUUAGUUUGACAUGUUUAUGGCCUUAUUUAUAUCUUAUGGCGAAGCAGCAGUCUGCUUCGGUACAUGCUCUGACUUGGUAAAUGUACUACAUUGGUAAAGAUUGAGAUGUUUAUAUAUUUGCAUCAUUUUUUUGAUGUUAAAAUGAUCCCUUUUGCAUGUCAGUAUGGUGUGCAUGUGACUUAAUCUCUUGGGAGAAAAGGUGAAUGCCUCCUCAAAGGCAGUUAUGGCUGUAAUGUACAUUACGUUUUGUAAUUCCUCCUUUUAUUGUACAAACAAUAAACACACAGGCAGCCAGUUUUUCAAAA